CUGGAAGCUUGGGGGAGGAGCUUGAGCUCUAGGAGCUGUCCCGUUCUGCCGGCCAUCGAGUCCAAGUGACUGGUUAUUGGACCGCCGUACGUGCGCCGUGGUACCUCAGAGGCCACGAGCUCACUUGCCUGGCCGGAGUACCCGCGUGCGCCAGCUGCAGCUGGGAAUGGAAGCAGAGAACGCGAGCAGCUAUUCUCUUCAGCAAGCUCAAGCUUUUUAUACAUUUCCAUUCCAACAAAUGAUGACCGAAGUUCCUAAUAUGGCAGCUACGAACGAACAAGGAAUGCCAGCAGAAGUUCCAGCCCCAGCUCCUGUUCAGGAACCUAUACAAGAGAUUCCUAAAGGUAGGAAAAGAAGAUCCAGGACAACAGAACCAAAAACACCAGUGGAACCCAAAAAACCUGCUGAGGCCAAAAAAUCUGGCAAAUCCACAAAAUCAAAAGAAAAGCAAGAGAAAAUUACAGACGCUUUUAAAGUGAAAAGAAAAGUAGACCGAUUCAAUGGUGUUUCAGAAGCUGAACUUCUGACCAAGACUCUGCCGGACAUUUUGACUUUCAAUCUGGACAUUGUGAUUAUCGGCAUAAACCCAGGACUAAUGGCUGCUUACAAAGGCCAUCAUUAUCCUGGACCUGGAAACCAUUUCUGGAAGUGUCUGUUUAUGUCGGGGCUGAGUGAGGUCCAGCUGAGUCACCUGGAUGAUCACACUCUACCAGGGAAGUAUGGUAUUGGGUUUACCAAUAUGGUGGAAAGGACAACGCCCGGCAGCAAGGAUCUUUCCAGUAAAGAAUUUCGUGAAGGAGGACGUAUUCUAGUGCAGAAAUUACAGAAAUAUCAGCCACGAAUAGCAGUGUUUAAUGGAAAAUGUAUUUAUGAAAUUUUUAGUAAGGAAGUUUUUGGAGUAAAGGUUAAGAACUUAGAAUUUGGACUUCAACCCCAUAAGAUCCCAGACACAGAAACUCUCUGUUAUGUUAUGCCAUCAUCCAGUGCCAGAUGUGCUCAGUUUCCUCGAGCCCAGGACAAAGUUCAUUACUACAUUAAGCUGAAGGACUUGAGGGAUCAGCUGAAAGGCAUUGAACGAAACACAGACGUUCAAGAGGUGCAAUAUACAUUUGACCUGCAGCUGGCCCAAGAGGAUGCAAAGAAGAUGGCUGUGAAGGAAGAAAAGUAUGAUCCAGGCUAUGAAGCAGCAUAUGGUGGUGCUUAUGGUGAAAAUCCAUGCAGUAGUGAACCUUGCAGCUUCGCUUCAAAUGGGCUGACUGACAGUGGGGACUCCACUUUUAGUGACAUUCCAAAUGGGCAAUGGAUGACCCAGCCUUUUACAGACCAGAUUCCUUCCUUUAACAAUCACCGUGGGACGCAAGAGCAGGAAGAAGGAAACUGUGCUUAAGACCAGUGUUUCUCAGCCCUGCUUAAAUGCUGCAGUUUUAAUGCAGUUGUCAAGAAGUGGCCCUCGGUUUGCUAAUUGAAGUAUUUUAUUUGUAUUUUACUCUGGUGAUGUAAUCACGGUACAGUAGAAUCAACUGUACGGACCGAAGCAGUUUGGAAGGAAAAAGUAGGGUUUUUUGUAUAUGCAUUUUUGUAUUUGAAUUAACCAUCAUUCCAGCUUUUUAUAAACUGUAUUUCAUUUAUGAAGAAACUGAUUUUCUUUGGGAAGUCACUUUUAAUCUGUGAUUUAAAUCUGCAUAUUUAUACUUGAUUAUUAACUGUGCAUAAAUCUAGAUGCACUAUUCUCCCUUUCAUGCCUAAGAAGGGCUUGUUAAUAAUGAGAUUCCCACUGUUAAAGAGGCAAAAGUGCUGACUUUCAUCAGUGAGGUUAACACUCGUCGAGUCUCAUUUGGUAGUUUUUAGUGGUGUUUGAUGGGCUUCCUGAGUCAUCUUCACACUCAGACCUCCUUGCCACACCAGUGGUGAGAUGAGCCUUUGUGAGAGUUGCUGGGUGGUAGAAGCGUAGUGGCCUUGCAGUAGCCAGGCUCUGGCCCUCUCCUCCCACAUGUGUGAAUCCUCUAGUAGGCAGAAACUAUUCUGCUGGGAUGUUAGCGCCAGAGAAUACAGAAGGCCUUUUAAAUUUCGUUACUUCAUCUGGGUUUUACAUGAGAGACCUACAUUUGAUAGGGAAGGAACUGAAUUUCUCUCUCGAUAUCUAUCACUCUUCUAAUUUUAUCCUCCUUGGCUUUAAGCAUGUAACAUGGAAAUGAUGAGAAAUGAACUUUCAGAUUGAGUAACAAGAUGCUGGAGGGGUUUGAUAAUCUUACUUAAACUGGUGCUUUAUAUAUGUACAUGAGAUGUACUGAAAUAAAUAAUAUAGGAUUUUUUUUUGCUAGGUAAAUCAAAUAAGCCAGUAAUUUUAAAAAAAUUCUUUCUCUUCAUCAUUGCUGUUUGUUACUGCAGACCAGGUGAACCUCAUGGCAAGGUUACUUUGAAGUAAUGUACCUUUGUGGUUUUCUAAUGCAUUUUCCAUGGUGCUACCAAUAGUCCAGACUACUAGGCCUGGUGGAUAUCAAAGCUGGGUAUUCAGAAAUGCCAUUUGCAUUUACUCCUGAUCACUUCUGAAUAUUCUGAUUUCAUACCUACCCAGGAAGCAUGCUGUUUUUCAAUAUGAAAAUAUUUAUGAGGUUUUAUUUUGUUUUUCUAAAAGGCUAUAUGACCUGUUCUUUUUGUAAUAAGAGAAACAGAUUCUUGUUGUGACUCUUAACAUGAUUUUUAGCUGUAGCUGUGAUGGAUUUUAUUUUUUUCUUUAGUCUAGGUCAAGCUGUGUAAAAGUCAUUCGUGUUAUUUAAAUCACGUACUGUACUGCUGUUUACAUGGAUGUUUUGUGCGGGUGCUGUGAAGUGCCUUGCGUCAGGGAUUAGGAACAAUUUAAUUAUUUUUUCAUGGGACUCUGUAAAGCAUGGAACUAGGGAUUGCUUUGGUUUUUAAUGAUUGUAGCCUUAAGUAGAUUUUUUUUUUUUUUGAGUGGAGAAAAAGAAUUUACCCUUUAAAUUAUGACACACACUCACUAGAGAAUGGGUUUGAGGAUUUUUCCAAGCAUACAGUGAUGGCGUUUUUCAUCAAAUACGACAGAGGGGUAGUAAAUGUUGACAAUAUGAGACUUUUUCAUGCAAUAAUAUUGAAAAAGUUUUUAAAUUCAUUUGAAAGCUUAAUGGUUUUUACAAUAAAAAGUAUUGAGAAUGAUUAUCCUUAA